ACGCAAAAAAGAAUUUGGCAGAAAUGUGAUUUCUUUAAUUGAAACACAUUUUGUGACUCACCAUCAAGACUAAACAACAUAUUGAAGACGGACAUUUUUUACAGUGUGGCACGCUCAGCGCGCCGGCGGUGCGCAGGCAGCCUUCAGACCACAGUUGGGUAGAUGGGUAUCACCAGCAUGAGACCAGGCUGCUGAGUCUACAUGCGCAGCAUCUUAAAUCUGACAGAGCUUUCUUUACCAAAACAAUGUGGGGCAGAUGAGCCGUGGACAAACUGGAGUGACCUCGGGUGUCAUUUGUUGAUAAUGGGGAUGAAGGUGGUGAUGAUGAAUCCGACUGUUUUUUUCUGCGGAAACCGCCAACUUUCACUCCUUCUCUCCUUCUACUUCUCUGUGGGUCUGUAAAGCGCAACAGCAUGCAGGUCUCCCCGGGUGAAGACAAGAUCCCCGUCGUGGGUUCAGCUUCAAGCCCUCAGGGCGGCAGAGAAGGCCUUUACUUCUCUGAUGGCCGACGAAAGGUUGACUAUGUUUUAGUCUUCCAUCAACGACGGCCCAGCUCCAUACGAUCUCUUGCCAGCGCCUCAGUUUCACAUGACAGGUUAUCCAUUGUUUCCAAUGGCAACUUUCCUUCAGUGGGCACAGAUCCGGCAGUAGGAAGAGGUGGCAUAGCGGGAGGGCAGCCUGCGAGUGUCGGUGAGGUGUUCAUGGAGCUUGGAGGUCCAGCAGGGAAUGAGCCUGCUGACCAUGAGAUACAUCUAAUCAGACAGGAAUUUGAAGCCAACUUGUUGGAGGCCGGCCUGGAGAUAGAGAGAGACAGAGAGUUGAAGAGCCCGAGCUUCACUCGUCUCCAUGCGCCCUGGCCGGUACUAUGUCGAGAGGCUGAAUUUCUCAAGAUUAAAGUCCCCACCAAGACGAGUUAUGAACUUAAAGAGGAAAGUGGGUUCGGGUCCAGCGUGAGCUCAUUCUGGAGGAAACUGAACCACCCUUUCCAGCCCAAAGUACAUCAGGAGCACGGGCGCAUCAAAUUUCUCUCACACUGCUUCUCUAGGGACAAACUCCACCAGUAUAACAUCAAAUGUAAAGACACAUUCUUUGACAAUGCCACAAGGGCCCGAAUAGUGUAUGAGAUCCUGAGACGGACGGUGUGUGUACGGACAUGUCAAACCAUAGGAAUCAGCACAUUGAUAGCUAAAGGCGUGUAUGAUUCUGCCUUCCCGCUUCAUGAUGGUGACUAUAAGGUCAUCGGACACCUUGAGGAGAGGAGUGACAGACAGCUCCUGCAUGAAGAGUGGGCCAGAUACUCAGCCUUCUACAAGUACCAGCCCAUUGAUCUGGUCAGAAAGUACUUCGGGGAGAAGAUUGGCCUGUACUUUGCAUGGCUCGGUGUUUACACUCAGCUGCUGAUACCAGCCUCCAUAGUGGGAAUCACUGUGUUUGGGUACGGCGUGGCGACAGUGGAUACCAAUAUACCCAGUCAGGAGAUGUGUGACGAGAGUCUCAAUUUCACCAUGUGUCCUCUCUGUGACGGAGCCUGUGACUUCUGGCAUCUCAGCUCCGCCUGUGGCACCGCCAGAGCUUCACACCUCUUCGACAACCCCGCCACCGUCUUCUUUGCCGUCUUCAUGUCUCUGUGGGCGGUGCUGUUCCUGGAGCAGUGGAAACGUCGUCAGAUCAGUUUGAGCUUCAGUUGGGAUCUGACAGGCAUUGAGGAAGACGAGGAACAUCCCAGGCCAAAAUAUGAGACCAUCCUCCUUCAGAAGAGACAGAGGAAGCAGAAAUCUAAGAAGAAGAAGAAAAAGAAUGAGCCAGAGAAGCAGGAGGACGGGACAGUGACAGGGAAGGACAGAUGGAGACAAAAAUUACUGUCUGCCAUGGCUGCAGGAAUACCGGCUACCAUAGAGAAGUUGACCUGGAAAGACCGUCUUCCUGGGUACUUCAUCAACGUUUCCUCAUCCUCUUUAUGGUUAUUUGGCUUGACGUUUUCAGCAGUGUUUGGUGUCAUAGUCUACCGCAUCACAGUGUCGGCUCUGAUGGCGAUGAGCACUGACCCGGAGACCAAGUCCAAUGUUCGGGUGACUGUGACGGCCACUGCAGUCAUCAUCAUAGUGGUUAUUCUGAUCCUUGAUGAAAUAUACGGCUCUGUGGCAAUGUGGCUGACUGAAUUAGAGAUUCCUAAAACAGAAACCGACUAUGAGGAGCGUCUCAUCCUGAAAGCCUUCUUGCUCAAGUUUAUGAACGCAUACGCACCCAUCUUUUACGUGGCUUUCUUCAAGGGCCGGUUUGCUGGUCGACCUGGAAAUUACAUGUAUGUCUUCAAUGAUCAUCGAAUGGAAGAGUGUGCACCAGGAGGCUGCCUCAUUGAGUUGUGCAUUCAGCUCAGCAUCAUCAUGCUGGGAAAGCAGCUAAUUCAGAACAACAUCUUUGAGAUUGGCAUCCCGAAGUUGAAGAAAUUGGUGCGUGCAAUGAAGAAUAAAGGAUCAGCAGAGAAGGAGAGGGAGGACGAGCGGCCGCCUCAGCAGUGGAAACUGGAUUAUGCCCUGACUCCUUUUGAUGGCCUUACGCCUGAAUACAUGGAGAUGAUCAUCCAGUUUGGUUUCGUCUCCCUGUUCGUGGCUUCAUUCCCGCUUGCACCUCUCUUUGCUCUGCUCAACAACGUCAUAGAGAUCAGACUGGAUGCCAAGAAGUUUGUUACGGAGUUACGCAGGCCAGUCGCUGUGCGUGCUAAAGACAUUGGUGUGUGGUACAACAUACUGAGUGGAAUGGGAAAAUUCUCAGUCAUUAUAAAUGCCUUUGUGAUUGCCUUCACGUCAGACUUCAUCCCUCGGCUCGUCUACCAGUACAUGUUCAGUCAGACUGGCACCAUGCACGGCUUCAUUGACCACACACUCUCCUACUUCAACGUGUCCAAUUUUAAACCCGGCACCGUACCGCAGAACUCCGCGCUCGGAGACAUCUCAGUCUGCCGGUAUAAAGACUACAGGGAACCCCCCUGGUCUCCAAACGCGUACACAUUCUCCAAACAGUACUGGUGUGUCCUGGCUGCAAGACUGGCUUUCGUCAUACUGUUCCAGAAUCUGGUGAUGUUCCUCAGCCUCGUAGUUGCCUGGGUGAUCCCUGACGUUCCCAAAACCAUCGUGGAGCAGCUUAAACAGGAGAAGAAGCUCCUGGUCGACGUCUUCUUGAGGGAAGAGAAGGAAAAAUUGCAGCUCAUCCAGAGCCUCUUCUCCAAGGACCAGGGCCAGGGCCUUCCCUUCCCGGGCCGCUUCAAUACUCUGCCCUCAGGUCCAACGCAGGGCUUGCCGAGGGCGAGGUCUAGGGCUGCCAGCUUCAGCCAGUUCACCAGGAAGAUUCCCCCGUCGCCCAGAAAUGAAAAUGAGAAUUCGAGACAUACAGCGGUGUGACAUGUAACAUAUACAUCUGUAGGGAUGCUUAAGCUGGGCCUCAGGACUGCGAUACAUGUUGCUCGGGUGAUUCGGUCUGUGAAUGUCUUUGCCUGUGUCUUUUGUGUCCUUGAGUGUGUGACACAGUAGUGCUGUGAUUAAAAAAGUCACAGAAUCAUUUUGAACAAAUUGGAAUUCAUUGGCCUCAGUGUGGUUGAACGUGCAAUGUCCACACAGGUUGAAUGGGUGUCUCUGUUUUGUUCCUCCUUGCACAGACUGUUCACCUGAUAAAGUGUUAUAACUUUUACUUUUUGGUAAUAAUGAAUUAUUUAGCGAGGCACACUUGCUUCAUAGCGUAGAAAAGCAAUAAUUACCGUAUUAGGCUGAACACACGAAUAUUACCUGAAGAACCUGGAAGAGACUGGAGAUAAAGAAAGAACUACAAACAAAUGGAUGGAUUCUGUGAUGAGCACUUAAUCAGCACGGACAUUGGGGCUCAUUACGACGGCUGGAGACCGUCAGAAUUUUCCUGCUAUAUAUUCUUGUGCUCUUUAUGUAUUUUUGUUUUUAAUAGAAUUUGUAGCAGCUGGUUUUCAAUACAUGGUACUGAAAGCACAAGUGAGCCUCCUAGAAGAGCAUCAUUUUCUUGACACCAUUUACUGUGUUCCUGCUGAUUUUUCUCCAUAGAAUUCAGGAAUCACUUUGAAUCAUUUUCAGACUAUACUGAAAUAGUAUUUUUAGUCAUUACACAGCUGCCUGUCAUUGUUUUCUAUACACCCUGCCCUACGUAUUUAAUGGAAGGAUACACAUGCCAAUGUUGCACACUGUUAUAUGCCACUCAUUGAUUCCAGUCCAAUCCAAUAGUUAUAGAAAUAGAAGCUCUGUGAACAAGAAUAUAUUUUGUUUUCUUAGCCAUACUGGGUACAGAAUGAUUUAUAACUACACUUAAUUGCUUCUGAAUGCAAAGAGAAAGCCAACUAUUUUGCAACUGUAAAUGAAAGUGAACUAGAAAUUAUCUCACAUAACAAACACUUCAUCAAAAUUUCUUCAUUAUUAAAUAUCAGACUGUACACUCUGACAUUCCUGCAGGUAAUAAUAAAUCUACUUUCCUAUUGCCCAAUAAAAAGCAGCCAUGUUGAUGGUCUUGAGAGACA